CUCUCUGCCAUCUUCUCAGUUGGUGCAUAUACUUACAAAACAGAAUGAAACAAAGCAGAGGUGCUCUGCUCAGAAAUAAAACUGGGAAGAACGAACAAGAAAGUGAGAUAGAUUUAGAGAAGAAAAGAUUAAGUCUUUAAGACCCCAUUUCUCUUUCUUUGUUGUUCUUUGGAUCUCUGUAAGUUAAUGUAACUGAGUUCUGAGUUCUCGAGAGCAUUCAUAAAGAGAAGAAGAAAGAAACAGUAAGAGAAGAAUAGUCUUCAAGAAAAUGAGAGAGAACAGAGUCCUCUGUUCGCUCGUUGUUCUAGUUUUGUUCCUUGUUCUUCAUGGCGUCAAUGGUGACAAUCCUUACAGGUUCAUCACGUGGAAAAUUACGUACGGUGACAUCUACCCUCUUGGUGUUAAGCAACAGGGAAUCUUGAUUAAUGGGCUGUUUCCAGGGCCUCACAUCGAUGCAAUUACUAAUGAUAACUUGAUUAUAAGUGUUUACAAUUAUCUAAGAGAACCAUUUCUCAUCUCUUGGAAUGGGCUGCAGCAAAGAAGGAAUUCAUGGCAGGAUGGAGUUUAUGGAACCACCUGUCCAAUCCCACCUGGAAAAAACUUCACAUAUGUGCUCCAAGCCAAGGACCAGAUUGGUAGCUAUUUCUACUUCCCCUCACUUGGGUUGCAUAAGGCUGCAGGUGCAUAUGGUAGCAUUAGAAUCUGGAGCCGUCCGAAGAUUCCUGUGCCUUUCCCCCCUCCUGCUAAUGAUUUCAUUGUACUCGCUGGAGACUGGUACAAGACAAACCAUUAUAUUUUAAGACGUUAUUUGGACGCCGGUAGAAAGCUUCCUAACCCUGAUGGACUUCUCAUUAAUGGUCGUGGAUGGAAUGGAAACACAUUCACAGUUGAUCCAGGCAGAACAUAUAGGUUCAGGAUAUCCAAUGUGGGGAUUGCAACUUCAAUUAACUUCAGGAUACAAGGACACAAGAUGAAACUGGUAGAAGUGGAGGGUUCUCAUACACUACAGAACACCUACGCUGCACUUGACAUUCAUCUGGGGCAAUCCUAUUCUGUCUUGGUCACUGCAGAUCAGCCUGCAAAGGACUACUACAUUGUUGUUUCGUCGCGCUUCACCACUCCUGUGCUCACAACUACUUCCAUUCUUCAUUACAGCAAUUCGCGCAUAGGUGUCUCCGGUCCAAUCCCUAGAGGUCCUACUACUCAGAUUGAUUGGUCCCUCAACCAGGCCAGAUCAAUCCGAUGGAAUUUGACCGCGAGUGGACCGAGGCCUAAUCCUCAAGGCUCUUACCACUAUGGAAUGAUCAAAAUUAGCCGGACAAUCACCCUUGCAAACUCUGCUCCUUUUAUUAAUGGCAAGCAGCGUUAUGCUAUCAAUAGUGUCUCAUAUAUUUCACCAGACACUCCAUUAAAACUAGCGGACUACUUCAAGAUUCCUGGAGUCUUCAACCUUGGAAGCAUGCCCAGCAGUCCCAAUUGGGGAAAUGCAUAUCUUCAGACCACAGUCAUGUCUGCUAACUUCCGUGAAUUCGUCGAGAUCAUCUUCCAAAACUGGGAAGACACUGUGCAGUCCUAUCACAUUGAUGGUUAUUCUUUCUUUGUUGUUGGGAUGGAUGGUGGGCAGUGGACACCAGCAAGUAGAGCACGCUACAAUCUGAGAGACACAGUUGCUCGAUGCACCACUCAGGUUUAUCCCAGGUCAUGGACUGCAAUAUACAUGGCUCUGGACAAUGUGGGGAUGUGGAACAUAAGAUCUGAGAACUGGUCAAGGCAGUACUUGGGUCAGCAAUUCUAUCUCAGAGUUUACUCUUCUGCAAAUUCAUGGAGAGAUGAACUUCCAAUUCCAAAGAACGCUCUUCUUUGCGGCCGGGCAAGAGGCCGUCACACGAGGCCUUUCUGAACUUAGCUAGCUAGCCGCAGAAUGUGUCACGAGAGGGUGACAUGCUUAACUGGUUAUCAUAGUAACAACUAAAUAUUGAUUGCCGGCAAGUAGUUACAAGAAAGCUCAACUUGAGCUUUGAGUUAUUUUUUCCUUUGUGUUUGUUUCUGUAACUCACAGACGGAUCUUCAAUUGUUGCAAUAUAACUUUGCAUGCAGUGCUAGAAUUCCAAUGAGAAAAAGCUUGUUUUUGCUGCUUCAAAUUCA